AUGGCUCUGCUUUGGAUCGGCAGCUGUUUGGCCCUUGUGGUGUCAGCCCUGGGCUGUGGUGUGCCUGAGAUCGAGCCCGUGGUGAGUGGCUAUAGCAAGAUCGUCAACGGUGAGAAUGCAGUGUCUGGAUCCUGGCCCUGGCAAGUGUCCCUGCAGCAACCUGAUAAAUUCCACUUCUGCGGUGGCACCCUGAUCAACAACCAGUGGGUCCUGACAGCUGCCCACUGCCGUGUCACUCCCAGAUACCACCGUGUUGUCCUGGGGGCGCAUGAUCGUAGCUCCUCAGACGAUCCCAGCAUUCUGAAGAACGUUGACAAGGUCUUCUCCCAUCCAUCCUACGACCCCUACACUCUGGAGAAUGACAUCCAGCUGCUGAAGCUCUCGAGCCAUGUCACCUACAGUGCCCGCGUGUCACCCGUGUGUCUGGCCUCCGCCACCACCAGUUUCCCCGAUGGCACCCAAUGUGUCACCAGCGGAUGGGGAAGGAUCAGCACCACCCCUACUAUUCGUCCUAACAUCCUUCAGCAGACGGCGGUGCCCCUGGUCAGUAGUGAGGAGUGCCAGAAGGGACACCAGCACAAGGUGACGGACGUCAUGAUCUGCGCUGGAGGAGCUGGAGCUUCCUCUUGCCAGGGUGACUCUGGUGGCCCACUGGUGUGCGAGACCGACGGUGUCUGGACCCAGGUCGGCGUGGUCUCUUGGGGCAACAGGAACUGUGAUGUCAGCAUCCCUGCCGUCUACGCCCGCGUCUCGGAGCUGCGCAGUUGGAUCGACAAGACCAUCGCCCACAAUUAGAACCGAGAACUAAGAACCACAUCAGCCAUCCGUCAUUUCUAGAACUAUUGAACUACUGGAUCAUACUGUACAUCUGUUUGACGAUGAAAGCAAAAAGAACAUCAAUAAACCCUCUAGAAUCAACCAGAA